GUGACAGUGACACGCAGCUAGGAGCUCCAUAAACUCGGAAGAACUACGCGGUGGUGUCAUGGCGCCGUGGGUGAUGUCAGAGCUCGGCAGCAAACUGCUCUAGCUGCUGUGCAACAACCUCAGAUGGAUUUCAUGCUGUGAAUUAUUAUCCAAGAAGGAUCUCAGAGGGAUAACAAAGCAAUUCAGGAUGGCAGACUCAGGUGACCGAAGUGGUCAGAAGACUCCAGCUCCUGGAAGCGUAGGACCACUGAUGGGUCGUCGACCAUCAGCAGGCAUCACUCCUGGCCGGCUCCCCUCGGUGCGAUCCAGAGACCUGACGCUAGGAGGAGUAAAGAAGAAAACCUUUACCCCCAACAUCAUUGGCCGAAAAGCUAAAGAAGAACCAAAGGUCGAAGGUGUGCCGCGGCGAGAGCGGAGGGAUGGAGAUCGAGGUCGGGGCCCACGAGAAAGGGGCAGGGGCCGCGGUCGUGCUGAGGUGAUCCAGUCUCACUCUAUCUUCGAGCAGGGACCUGCAGAGAUGAUGAUGAAAAGAAGAGGUGGCUACGAGAGUGAAAGAGACGCUCCGAGCGUGGGACCCUCACCCAUCAUCAAUAUUAAGAAGGAGAAGAGGGAGACUGAAGAGGAAACCAAAGAGAUCCUGCGCAAACUGGAACGAGAAAACUUCAUAGAUGACCCUUUCCUGAGGAGUGAGCAGAGGAGCUGCCCUGUUCAGCUUCCCCUGGCUGUGUCAGGGUGGGGAUUCAAGGAGGAAUUUAACAGUGCAGCUGUUAAAUUAGAAAAGACAGACCCAGAUGAACCCAUGGAGCCUUCAGUUGAAGUGAAACAAGAGCCAGAGGAAGUGGAGAUAAAAAAGACUGAAGGCACUUUCAGACCUCCUCCUCUCCCUGAGCCUGAAGUACUUCCUGACCUGCUGCACAGAUGGAGUCUGAGCAAAGGGGAGGAGCUAUUUUUCAUUCAAAUGCCCGACUCGCUGCCCGGCCAGCCUCCCACCAAGGAGCACAAGCCCAUAAAAACCGAGGUGCAGUCAGAGGACGGGCAGUCUGUGCUUCUGAAGACAGAGUCACAGGAAGAGGAAGCUGAAGACAAUAGCUGCAAUCUGAAGGAUCUGAGGGAGGGCAUUGUUGGAAAGAUGCUGGUGCGGAAGUCCGGCCGGGUGCAGCUCAUACUGGGACAAGUGACCCUUGAUGUGUCUCUAGGAACAUCGUGCUCUUUCCUUCAGGAGCUGGUCUCUGUUCAAGCAGCAGAAAAAACGGGAAACCUGACAGUAUUAGGGAAUGUCAGACACAAAAUGGUCUGCUCUCCAGACUUUGAGACUCUGCUGGAGAACAGGACAUGAUACUCGUUCAGGCAGAGGGUACCUCUGGCACGUUAGAUGCACUUGUAUUUAGUAACAAUACAUGACCCCAGGUUUAAAUAAAGUAUGCUAAUGAUUGA